AUGCCUCACCGCAAAGUCCGAAGCCUCCUGAAAGUCUGCAGACGGCUGUAUCGACGAGGCUCUCGGCCUGUAUCCAGACUCUACAAGAGACUGCCGUGGACCACGAGGCAGACCAUCAACCUGACCAUCAGCCUCUAUGCGGCUCUCUACAUUUUCCUGACGGUGCCGUUCCGGAUCGCCUUUUACUACAACCCGUUCCAGCACGAGGAGCAGGAAGGCGUGCAUCGAUGGACGGAGGAAUUGUCCAUCUUCACCCCGCUGGAUCUUGUGGCUGACGUCAUUGGGCUGGUGGAGUUUAUCGGGUUUUACCGUGUGUGGAGGGACUCGUUCUCGCAGCUUUCGGAGGAGGUGAGCUUUGAGCUGGGCAAAAAGCUGACGAGAGAUGCCAACCGGCUCAAGAUGCCCAAGACGUUAAGCCGUACAGCAUCGGGCAACGCCCUAAGGACAGGAAAGGCCAAGUGGACGCUAGCUUCCAUCAAACCAUUGUCAUCGAUCGCGGGGUUGGACGUCACCAAGUCCCAUCGGAAGUACCUUUGCGUGCGCAAUUUGCAACUUGUGCUGGAGAUUAUUGCUCUUGUGCCGACGGACGCUAUAGCCCUCGCGACUGGAGCCUACAAUGCAUUGCACCUGACGCGGAUUACCAAGAUCUGCCGCAUCUACAGGAUACGCCACUAUUUGGAGCGGGUAGCCAAUGUUUAUUCGGAUCGCGGAUGGGUCCAGCACCUCUCUUCCACAGGCAUUGAUACCCUCGUGCGCAAUAUCGGGUUGUGCGCCGGCUUGUGCCACUAUGUGGCUUGUGGAUAUAUGCUUCUUGCUCAUGCCCAGUGUGGUGUGUCCUUGGAGAAUUGUGAUGAAAGUGUGGAGACAAGCUGGGCAGUGCGAGAUCGGCUUUUCGAUGCAACAGUAGCCCGGAAAUAUGCUCGAACGUUGUACUGGGCAUCCAGGACAAUGGUUUUACUUGGAUAUGACGAUGUUACCCCCGUCUCCGAUGCUGAAACGGUGUACGCAGUGAUCGUGACGCUCAUGGGUGCGCUCUUCGGAUCGUCGGUACUGGCGACUUUUCUGUUUAUCUUUCGGAUUCGGAAUGCGCGAUAUGCAGCUUUCACAACGCAUGUGGACAAUGCUCGUGAGUACAUGCACUCGAAAAACAUUACGCGCACUAUUCGGCGGCAGGUUACUGCGUAUUUCAGUUACUCCUGGAGUACUCACCACAGUCUUGACAGCGAAGAAGCGCUGCACAUCAUGCCCAAACACUUGCAGUCAAAAGUUGUCGCGACCCUGAAGGCUACUCGCAUAAAACAAGUAUGCUUUCUCAUGAAAGAAAGUGUGGAAUUCGUCAAUUUGCUCGCUCUUGCGCUUGUGCGUCGUGUGUAUUCGCCAGCUGACCAGAUCACUGAGCCCAAGUUUAACGUGCAGAUGUUCUUUGUUAUUCGUGGGAAAGUGGUGCUGUCAUCUUUUAAUGGCUCUAGUCCAAAGGAGUGCAACACGGGGGAUUUCUUUGCGGACGCAUGCUUGCUCUUCCCGGAAAAGUAUGAAGAAAAAGCGAUCGCGAAAACAUUUUGUGAACUUUACGUUCUCGCCAAAGCCAAGUUUGAUGAAGCCGUUACCUUUUCGCACAGAGGCAACGAAGUUGCUGUUCGCACGCGCAUGAUUGAGACCUUGGAAAAGUACUCGACGCAGUUGCGCAAGACUAAGAGAUUGCUGGGAUUGCGUGGUGGUCAUGAGAGUGGCGGCAGAAACUCGGUCGGCGGUAGCACCCAUAGUGUUGCUGAUGAGGCUUAUUCCGGUGAGAUGAGGCGCGGUGUAAGCUGGCGACUUCCUGGUUCAAUGUUUCGUGUGUACUGGGAAACUGCUCGUUUGAUCGCUGUCAUCUACGUCGCCUUUGAGGCCCCCUUCUUUUCUGUGUUUAUUGCGAUGUCCGAUGACCAAGAUAUGUUUGCUGAGCAGCCCAAGUUCGGUGUGCGUUACGGAUUGACACUUCUGGUGGAGGUUUAUUUUGCUGUCGAUCUUGUCUUGCGCUCGCGAUACUUCGCCUUCUUGGACCAAAGUGUUAUGCUGGAAGUCACACAGCCAGAUCUCAUUUUUGCUGCUUAUCGGGCUAGUGGGUUUUACGUAGAUCUGUUAGCAUGGCUUCCUGUCGGCUUGAUAUUUGAUUCCCACCCUAUCAGCGCGGCACGAGGGCGUUUAUCGCUCAUUCGUUUGCUUCGCUUACUGCGAGUACGUGAGAUGCCCGGUUUGUUCCGCAGCAUUAGUGAUUACCACGGUGUGAGCUCGAAAGCUCACCUUGUUGUCUCCCUACUGCUGGGUGUAACACUAAUGUUGCACGUCGUUGGCUGCGUGUGGUUCGAAAUGGCUUGGAUUGAACGGGGGUCAACGUUUGAAGACGCUAGUUCGGAGGUGAUGUCAGAAUUGUCGCGCGAGAACUGUCUCCAACACGCAACGCUGUUCCAGAACUGCUCGUGGGUAAAAUUCGAUUGCUAUGCUCACAUCGGAGAAGCUUUCCCCGUCGAAGAACCAUCUUCCAUGUACACGUCCUCAUUUGCCUACUUACGCUCAGUGUAUUGGGCCGUAGUGACGUUGACCGCAGUGGGUUACGGUGACAUCGUCGCCUAUUCAACUGCCGAGAGCUACUUUGCGGCAUUGUGGAUUUUCAUGGGAGGCAUCAUAAAUUUUGGUGUAGUAGGAGCAAUGUCAAGCACGAUUACGAACGUAAUGGCAACACGGCAUCACCACAUCGAGAAAAUGAAUACGCUGAACAGUAUCCUGGAGCGUAUGGAUAUUUCCGAGAAACUAAGCGGAGAGAUUCGACGAUUCUAUCACCACCAGUUUGUGGAGCACAAACAUGCCUACGAGUCUCAGCUGCUAUCGCACUUACCUGAUCAGCUUUGCUACCAGAUAUCGUCGUUGUUGCAUUCCGAAGCUGUGAAGAACGUGCCGCUUUUUGAUUCGGCUAGCACGGAGUUUCUUCAUGAGAUCACAGGCAAAUUUCGACAUCACAGCUACCAACAUGGAGAAACCAUUUGUCUAGAAGGUGAUAUUUGCCGCGAGUUUUUCGUCUUUCUGCAUGGAAGUAAAGUUAACGUGUUCUUCCGCGUACGGAAAGUCCCGAUACGUGCGCUCAACGGUGGUGAAUGCUACGGUAUUACCGAAUUUUUGCUUCGGAAAGCACAUAGUGCUACACUCAUAGCGGCAUCUUUUGUCCAGGCGUCGGUCAUGACUCGCGAGCAAUUCGACGUCAUCCAACGCAAAUUUGCAAGCGACCUCAACGAUAUAAAGGAGGAAGCCCAUAUUAUGUGGAUUGAUCAGCACAAUUCUAUGCGGCGUGUUGUGCACAAUCUCGAGCGCCUUAAGCUUCAGCCCCACAUGAUGCAAACGUCUACUCUUUUUUGCCAGCACGAUACCAUGGCGAUAAUACCCGGUAAAAGUGGUGGUAAAAACGAGAAACAAGGCCUCCGUGAUGUUGACGCAAUUCGAGGCACUUUCACGAGCAUUUGGAAUGCUGUCAUCACGUGCUGGAAUAUUUACAACGUCAUUUUCGUGAUUUUCCGGAUAUGUUUUCACGCACACCUUCACUUUUCCGGAGGUUUAAGCACCGUUGUGUGGCUUGCUGACUUCGGAUGUGACUUUUGUUUCGUGUUUGAUAUCUAUCUACGGCUUUACUACUUUGGGGGCUCGGAGGUCGGCUUUGAAAAUCUUGUGAGCAGGCAAGAGAUGGAUUCUCAAUACCUACAUAGCGCAACUUUCAGGUGGGAUCUUGUUGCAUCAUUGCCCCUUUACGUGCCAAGAGCUAGCGGGUCAGUAGUGGUGAGUUUGUGCCGAUUGCCGCGACUUGUACGUUGUGUGGAUCUUUUGACGUACCUGGACGACGUAAUAGUGCAGAUACAGCAGCACUUCGCGUCGCACAAUGUCUCCGCUUAUUUGAGCCCCGCCAAGUUGAUGAUUAUUCUUGUGUUGGUAGCACAUUGUGUCGGCUGCAUUUUCUUCCUGAUAUCUGAGAACGAGUGUGAGCAUGUUGAACGAUGCUGGAUGGCUGAAGACCACUUGCUGCAUCAAUAUCACAACUCAGUUCCGAUACUCUAUGCGAAGUCGUUCUAUUGGUCUAUUACCACUUUAUUGCUCGUGGGCUCACGCGAAAGUAUCCCUCGUGACGCAGCUGGUACGCUUUGGACGGCAUUUACGUGCCUGGGCUGCACUUUCAUUAUCGGCCACAUCGUUGGUGAGAUUUCGGAACUUAUUCUUGAGCUUGGUAAAGAAGCGAAGCAGUACAAGGAUCGGAUCGCUAGCUUCGACAGCUUUGCAAAGGAACACGAGUUGCCUGAGAACCUACGUGAACGCGUCAGCUUCUUCUUCCAUCUCCAGUUUGAGCACACGAAGGGGCUUGAUUUGCACAGCACCGUGCACGACCUCUCUGCAAACCUUCGACUCAAAAUGAUGCUGGAGGUCUAUGGUCACUCCAUUGCAUUAUUGCCUAUUCGAAGCUUUCUUACCGCACUACAGAUCAAUAACCUAGCGUUGCGUAUGCAGUCUGAGCUUUUCAUCCCGGGCGACAACAUUUUAGUUGAAGGGACGUAUGGCAGUCGUUUGUGCAUCAUGCGGAAGGGACUUGCAGCCGCGUUUUGGACAAAUUCAGUGACAAGCGUGGCUGCACUCAUGCAAGGUGCGCUGUUUGGAGAAGUUGCUUUUUUUCUCUCGAAGCAGCGAAGACUAGCAACGGUCCGGGCGACCACUUCGUGCGAAGUGCUUUACGUUACCAAACACGACUGGAAAGAACUUUGGACGACGGAUGGCGACCUAUCCGAUAUUCAGAUACAGAAGCAUGCUCUGCACGCUAUUCUCGACUGGGUUCGUGGUCGACUUUUGCGGUAUCAACGGAGUAACUUACGAACAGCGAGCAGAGCUAAACGGAUCACUCGCGCCAGCAUGAGGCGGAGCCAUUCGCUACCGCUAUUUGAGGCCAAGUAUUUUCAAGGCUUAACCCAAGAGGGUAAAACGGGUUUGAAGAUGAUAGAUGGGGAAACAUGGAGGGGAAACAUUGAUUUUGCUAUCAUUCAGCGCUGCCAACGCCCACAGUACGCGACACAACUCCGAUUGUAUCACCAGUACCGUCAGUGGAGAAAUCCAGAUUUCACGCCGGGUACUGCUAUUGCGCAGGCUCCAAGUAUGACCAAUAUCGCCAAACGGCUCAGUGACGUAAGACCAGUAACUCCCCAGCUGCGUGCAAGUUUUCAAUUUCUAGAACCAAUUCUUCGCACCAGCAAUGUACAACGCCCUUCGUUGAUGGGAAUGAAGUUUCAACUUGUGAACGAGCGCACAGACAUCCUUGAUCCCAAGUCAAGGGCGUUCAUCAGACGAAUUAAAGAGCUGGGCAAGGUAUGGGGUAUUGGUAUGCUUGCUGUGGCGCUUUAUCAUGUCACGAUCACACCAUUAAAGCUCUGCUUUGCGACCGAUUUGACCGAGCUGCCUCAAUCUACUCUGCGCACCUGGGCCGGAUUUGAGGUCUUCAUGGACAUUCUGUGCGUCAUGGAUGUGAGCUACAGAAUUCGGUACGCUUCUUUACCAGUUCACAGCAUGGGCACCAACUUGGUCAGCUCGACGCAAGGCGGCUUUCGUCGAGUUUUUCUAUACAAUCCCGCUCUUCGCGCUGACAUUCUAGCAAUGAUCCCUCUUGAACUGUUACUUUUCGUUUCAGAAGUCCGUGUGCCGCUAGCAUACGCGCCUUCGAUUGCUGAGACGGCUCACUGUUCGUGGUGGACCUCACGCUGGUUUUUAAGGAUGAAUCGUUUCUUGCUGGUGCAGCGUAUUGAACCGCUAUCGGAAAAGCUUUUCCAGUACCUGGUUUAUGAUCGAAAAGUACCAGUAAGCGAUGCAGCAUUAUAUUUCGUGCGUGGGUUGGCAUCGUAUCUCGCGAUGGGGCAUAUUUUGGCCUGCAUUUGGUUUGUAACGAGCGAACGUGCGUUCCAUCACUAUGGUACGUCGUGGCUAUCGACAUCUGGGAUGCUAACGUAUGUACCGACAGUUGAAGAUGCAGGGCGGAUGCUCACCGAGCAGUCUACGACCUUCUACUUGGGUAGUGUUUCGCUCUCGAGAAAAUACUUGAGGUCCUUGCUCUUCUCGAUGGAGUGCAUCUCGACGCUUUUCUACGGUGAUAUCCUCUCCAUGAACCCCUUGGAACUCGUUGCGGAGAUUGUGAUCACGCUGUGGAGCAUUUAUAUCUACGGCGCACUUGUGGGUGCCCAGGGUGAACUUCUAAAUGCACAAGCACGUCGCGAAGCUGCAUUCGAGCAGAACCUGGGUGAACUCCAGCACUACUUGGUGCAAAAUGAGGUUCCUAAGAAGCUCAAGCGUCAAAUCAAGUCGUACUAUGCGCGGGUGUGGCGACGGCGCAAAGGAGAAAACGAGUUUGCUGCUGUGACGAGCGUCUCACGCCUUCUGUACGAAGAUGUUGUGCUGGCCACCCUGCGAGGCUUUGCCACACGAGUUGUGGCGUUCCGGACGUUAGAUGAACAUUUUCUGCGUGGUCUGUUGGUUUGCUUAAAAUACGUCGUUUGCUCCGAGGGAGAGGAAGUCACGAUGAAAGGCGAUGUCGAUCAUAGCAUGUAUUUCAUUGCCAAUGGCCGAGUCCUGGUGAAGCUUGACGCUGCCGAGUCGAUUCGUGAACGAGGUGACCACUUCGGCGAGUUGGCGUUGCUCUAUGGGAUCUCCCGGCUCGAAACGUGCGUGGCGCUCACCCUUACUGAACUCUAUCGCCUCGAUCAGCAACCGUACGAGGAGUUAUUGCAGAACUUCCCGGAGUAUCGGGAACGAAACAAGUUGGAUUGGACAAGUUGCAAUGCUCCAGCCCCCGACCGUACGAUGCUCGAGGCUGUAGUUAGGAAUUUCCAGAGUGGAUCCACGCGGAAGUCCACGACGAGAGUGUCACGAUUUGAUACCCCUUUAGUGCCGGCUCUCAAUGCCGACGAUGUUGUGGCUAAUGCUGAGCGCAUUAAUGCCGACGUGCCGUACUCGCACAUUUACAAGUUUAUGAUGGACUUGCUCGCGCACUUACACCGAGUAGAUCCGGGCUCGAAAGCAACUGAAGGCACUGCUGGGUUUGGCUACAUCUCGCGAGGAGCUAGCACAUGCCGCCCCCGCCUGUUGGUAUCGAACUGGUUAGUACCUGUCGCAUGCACAGUAUCACCUACGCCAAUCUGA